CUUGUUGAUUAUGUCUGAAUAAUCUGAGAAUAGUCUUAUAAUGGAAUCUUUCGAGUAAUCGUAGUUGGUCACUGCCUUCAUUCCAUUCAGCAGUAGUGACAUCAGGUCGAAUGCCCUGGCUGCUUCUUCUUGAGUGAAAUAGGUAUGAAUGUACGUCUUUUUGUUCCUGAUGUUGAUGAGAGACUGCCACUUCAAACUGUUCUUGAACACUCCGGUGAAGCGAGACCUUCUAGAGCUUACUCGUGGGAUCCUACGUCUUGUUUUAGAUCUUGCAAACACAAGGAUUUUGGAGGAGCUGUUAAUGGCCAUGAGCUGGUGCAUCAAAUGCUGAAGCUUUGUAUAAAGAUACGUAGUUCGAUCUCUCUGGGGCAACACGGAUGUUGACUCAAGAACUCUUCUAGUGUUUGGUAAGAGCGAUCAUUGCUGGAUUUGUCUUAAACUUUGAGUAUCAAAAUCCAAUGGUGCAUUAUUUUGAAAGUCUUCGAGUUUACAUUGACAGUAAAAAGAAAGGCAAAAUUCUCAGAGACAAUAAUGUUUAGAGAACUCUAUUAAUUGGAGCUCUCCAAUUUUGUCAAAAAGAAGCUUGUGCUCAUCACUAACUGAGUUCUCUUUGUCUUUCUGGCUCUGAAAUUGUUGAGGAAUAAAGUUUGCUUCCAUAAUUUGUUUUAAUUAUAUUGUUUCUUCUAAAAUUAGUCUCUUAAAUAGUUUCUGGGAAGCUGGUGGUUGUCUCCAGAGGUGAAAGAAUAGUUUAACAUUUUGAUAUCAGUUUAUUUAUAAGAAAAGAUCGAUGAUUAUAUUUUCAGUCUUAUUCACCUUCAAAUGCCUUAAAAUUGUUCUUAUUAUAAGGCUCAAGUGACUAUAUAAAUAUGUGUACGGUGAAUACUAUUUUAAGGAAUCAUAUAUCUUGAAUUGGAUUAGAGCUCCAAACGAAAAGGUUCUACUCAAAUUAAGAGGCUUCUUUGUUUUAGUUCUUUAUGUACAAAUUUUUAAUAAAAAUGGUCACAUAAAGUCUGAAUUAGUACCACCUCCUGAGUUGUACUAGAAAUUUCUCUUGAAUCAGGUCUUAUAGGAAUUUUUUUAAGUCUUUUCUAUAGGGCCUUGGAUGCUUCCAUAUUGAUAUAUUAUCUCUAAUGAGAACUGAGAGUUUAGCCCAGCCAUCUUUGCCAGUCGACUCUAAGUUAUUCAGCAAUGAUUCUGGCUUCUAAUUAGCUGAUUUGUUCCUUAAAUAGGAAGGUUAUCACAUUCCAAAGAAUCUGAAAUGCCUUUAAAUAAUUGAUGCUUAUAUCUCUGCAUUUUAUUUAACAAGCAUGCAGAGAUUUCUUCUUGAAUGUAGGUAGGCCUUUAAGUCAAGAAAAUAUUUGAAUUUUAAGGAUCUUCUAUUGUUUUUUAUAAUAUCAUAGCCUAAGGCUUCAUGUGGUGGACUCAAAUUUUUCCAGUUUAAGCUUUACAAAGCUAAGGGAGACAAUAGUAUCACUCCUGUGAACUAUUUAAAUGAAAUUAGGUCCUUCGCAGUCCACAUAAAGAGGAAAUGCUCGGCCAAAUUCGGAUAGCGCAAAUAUUUUUAGAAAAUUUACUGUAAUAAUAAAAUGGCUGAUUAGAACUCUUAAUUUUUCUUGAAAUUAUCUGGACUCAAAGCUAAUAUAGUGAAAAUUAUUUUGUGAGACUCUCACAUGAUUAUUCAGCUCUGGUAAAAGUAAGAAGCAGUCUGGGCAUGCUCUACAUAUAAGUGAAACCGCCUUAAAGUAUGAUUAUAGUUUGAGCACGUUCCGUUUAUUA